CAAUGACUACUCAUACUAAACGAGUCACAACCUGGAGCGUACAAGUGCUAUGCGCCAUCCUCUGUUUUGUUUCGCUGGUUUAUUUCUAUUGGACUAUAGAUACCCACCGUAAGCAUGUGUAUUCCAAAUUGUUGUACCAGAUAGAUAAACAACAGGUUAUGGGAAUAAACUUUAAAUCAAACACCACGUUGUUCCAAGCUUCGAAAAUAGACAUUGCAACAAUUCCCAGACCAAUUAUACUGAUGUAUUAUAAGCCGUACGAUGGGUUUGCUUUUCCCAAAGUAUUAAAAACUGUGGCUGGUCACGAAUGCGAAACUACAUUUGACCGGUCGAAACUGGAUCAGAGCGAAGCUGUUGUUUUUUAUUACUCAAGGGUUUUAAUAAACGGCGGCCCUGACCCAAAAUCGAGAAAACGAAAUCAAAAGUAUGUUUACUUUGACUUGGAGCCGACAUGGGCCCUCCAAGGAAUGAAUUAUUCAAUUGGCGAAAACGGAUUUUUUAACUGGACCAUGUCGUACAAAAGAACGUCUAGCAUAUAUUUUCCAUAUGGGAGCAUAGAUCGAAUAUUUGGCGAGGGCGACCAGAGACAAUAUUACGGCGACCACGUCGUGAGACAGCUAAUGAAAAGAAAGAGAAACGAUGUCCACGCUACAUGGGUUGUGAGUAAUUGUGCAGGACACGCAGGACCGACGCUGAGAAAACAGUACGCCGAAAGCUUGGAGAAACACGGAUUAAAGCUGGAUAAACGGGGAAGAUGUUACGGAAAUUUUGUUCCGCCUAGGGGGACGGGUGCGUUCCAAGAUUUUAUUUCAAAAUACAGGUUCUAUUUGUCUUUUGAAAGUGGUUACCACUGUCACGACUAUAUCACUGAAAAGCUGUGGGUAAAUGCCUUGGCCAGUGGUGCCGUUCCUGUUGUGUGGGGUGCACCAAAAGCGGACGUUGAAGCGGUCACGCCACCGAAAUCAUUUAUUCACGUUGACGACUUUAAAAACGCAAAAGAACUCGCGGAAUAUUUAAACUAUUUGUCCGCUAACGAUACAGCGUAUUUAGAGUAUUUGCAGUGGCGCAAAAAAACGCUCCAGAGCGCUACCAUACGGAAAGACUACGAUUUUUAUGAAAUGUGCAAUCGCCUGUGGAGCAUGCGCGAGGACGAUAGCAUCAUAAAUACUGUUCCGUCAAUAAAUGACUGGUUUUUGGGCGAGGAAACCCCAGAAUGCUUAUCUCCAGUAGAACACGGAGCAGAAGACAUUAUAUAAGUUUAAAUACCGAAAAAAAUGCAUUACAUCUAUCUUUGUGAAGUUCAUUGUAAAGUUAAAUUAGUAUUAUGUAGUCUUAUUAUGUAUGCAUGUUGGUUUUUCGAUGUUCGAAAAACAAUUUUUACAGCACCCAUGCACUUUAUGUUAGUAACUUUUCCAUAGUUGUGCCAGCAAAGUAAACCAAUAUCGAAUGCCUCUUUUUUUAAUUUCGUUUUAUUCAAACAGUGUUUCGAGCAUACAG